UUGGGCGUCAAACUGUUUUCGGCCGCCAUUUCGAUUUGAAUUUACCGGCGGCGUCACUUAAUUUCGUCAAGAUAAACACAUUCCCCGCCCAGCGCGUUCAACUUCGAGUUCUCGUGAAACUCCAGUCGGCUAUUGGCCAGCAGGCAUGCUCUUUAAAUAGAACGCCAACGUAUUCCUGGCCGCAAAUAUCAAACAACAAACAUCCCGACAUCCGAAUUAAAACAAAUCCAAUAUGGAGACUCAGAACAACUUUGCAUCGUUCAAGGCGGAGAUCCUGGAGAUGACGGCCCAGAAUGUGGACAUGCUCCACGCCAUGUGGCUGCGCAUCUUCGACACCAAGACCUGCGGCGAGUUCCUCCACAGGUUGAAGGACCAUGCGCAGACCUUCUACACGGAUCUCCUGAACGAGUCGUGCGAGAAGCAGCAGACGAUCCUUGACGAGAUCUCUGCCCUGCAGGCCGAGGCCAGGGACCUCACGCGACUGCUUCACGAGUCGGUGGACAUCGGCGAGCGCCCAGAUGACGUUCCACUGGUCAUCUGGCAGCUGAAGCUGGACAAGGGCAUCGAGCACCUGCGCGAGGAGCUGGCUAGGCGCCGGGCUGAGAUCUGCGAACUGCUGCUCCAGCAGGAACAGCUAUGCGAGGAACUGGGCGAACUGCCGUUGCCACUGCUGGCCGAUCCUUUGCCUCAGCCGGAGGAGAUGGAUGCGUUCCGAGAUCACCUCGAGCAGCUGCGGGCCCAGCGAGUGCUGCGCCUGAAAGAGAUGGACCAGCUGCGCCAGAGCAUCAAGCACAACAUGAAGCUGCUGGAGUGCCUGCCGCAGACGGACCAAGAGGAACGCCUGCUUAACCAGGUGGAUCACUGCCUCACGCCCGAGACCUUUGAGCGCCUGCGGAAGAUGCAAAAGGAGCUCGCCGACCAGAUGCAGGAGAUGCGAGAGCGCAUCGACGACAUGCGCGAAAAGAUUCGCGUUCUGUGGGAGCGUCUGCAGGAGACGGACGACUACGCCAUGCGAAGGGUGCGCAACGCCACCGAGUACACACAGUACACGUACGACGUUCUCCGGGAGGAGCUGCAGCGCUGCCAGGCACUCCGCAGGCAGAACCUCAAGAUCUUCAUUGAACAGCUCCGCGUGGAGAUCAAGAAGUGGUGGGAUCUCACCCUGAAGAGCCCCCAGGAGCGCAAGCGGUUCUCCAACUACUACAACGACUGGUACAAUGAGGACCUGCUGGAGUUGCACGAAUUGGAGCUGGACGAUCUCAAGAGCUUCUACGACAAUAACAAGGAGAUUUUCGAUCUAUAUGAGAGCCGGGCAGAGCUAUGGGCCCGCAUGGAGGCGCUGGAGGCCAAGGCCAGCGAGCCGAAUCGCUUUAACAAUCGCGGUGGCCAGCUACUCAAGGAGGAGAGGGAACGCAAGGCCAUCACAUCCAAGCUGCCCAAGAUCGAGCAGCAGAUCACAGAGCUGGUGCAGGCGUACGAGGCCAAGGAGAAUACACCGUUCCUGGUGCAUGGCGACAACAUUUUGGAGCGCAUGACCGCCGACUGGGAGCGUCAUCGCCAGGCCAAGCUGUUGAGCUCCGCCCGCAAGAAGGCACCGACGGUCAGCACCACGGCAUCGGCCAGCAAGAUAAUGCCUCCGCCCGCUCUGGGCUCGACGGCUCCUCGCACACCGCGCACGCUGCGCAACAUGUCGGCCAUGUCCAGCUCGACCAUGUCUCUGCGGAAGACACCAUCAGCCCAGCAUCUGCGCCCGCUGAACGUGACUAAGAGCACGGGCAACUUGCACAAGCGCCUCAAUCCAUCGGCCAGCGUUCAGCCAGGUCCAAGAACACCGAACGCCAAGCGCAGCCUGAUUGGUUCUCUGAACGCCAUGAAGAGCUCACCGGCAAUGCGCGGCAGUGCCCAGCGCUUGCUGAGCGUUAAUCAGCCCCACAGCCAGUUGAAGACCAGCAAGUCGCCGAUGAAGCGAGUGCGGGUCCUUGAGACAACGCUGCGUCGCAGCGGCGGCAUGGGCAGGCGCAGCAUUGGAACGCGGGCCAGCAAGAAGCCGCGCACCAAGACCACCGAGAAGGAGAACACACCGAACGAGCCGGAUGACGACUAUACCACAGAUGAUAAUUCCGAGCAGGGGGUAUCCUAUGAGGAGUUCCAGCCACCCGGCCGAUCCUCAAUGCUACCGCGUCAGCGUAUCCAGGCGCCACGUAUGAUGCGCCAUGCGGUGGGAAUGAAGGAGGAUGUGGAGGAGGAGCAGCAGCAGGAGCCACCACGCACCAGGAACAGUCUCCGACCCCCGUCGCCAAGGGAGAGCCUGAUGGUGUUCCAGCCACGUCGACAGUUAUAGGAGAGAGAGAGCGUUCCCCAGGACAUUUUACUUAAGUUUUACUGUUUCCACUUAGUUUACAGUUUGUGUUUCCCUGCACUUCAUGUUCUGUUUUAUCAUUAAAUUCUGUUUGCAAACUAAUAAUAAUAAAAA